GCGGCAUGCGGAUUUUCAGUUGCCGUUCAACUGCCGCGAAUUCAGAACGUCCCACGCGGAUGUCAACAUUAUUUCUCUGUGGCGCGCAACUCAAACAAAUGUUGCGAAACUCAACAACAGUUAAACGCUUCACUUUAUUGUGAGCACUAAAAAAAAUCGCAUAUUGUGAAUGAAUGAAGAAUGAAGAAUGUGUCGGGCAAUGAAAUAAAAUAAAAAAAAAGCGCAACAAAAAGAAAAUAUCAAAGAGAAUUUCAAUGUGACAUCAAAUUGAAGUACACAACAAUACUAAUAAUAAUAACAACGCGCCAAGUGUUUGUGUAUAUAUUCUAUAAACGUACUGCAAGUGGACAUAAAAGGCCAUUAAAAAAAACAAGAAGGCAAAAAAAGAAACGAAACAAAUACGCGUUUUGCUGGUUGACGAUUUGUUAUCGCCGCUUGCAGUGCGUGCCGCUUAAGAGCCAAUUUAAGUGGCAGGCAUUUAAUCAAGUGAACUCAAGUUGCCGCAUUGUCACAGAGAAGCAGCCAGCAGCAACAGCAGCGUCGCGGCGGCGUCCUUCGCAUGCCACCGAGUGUCGCUUACCGCUUGCUGAGUGUAUCGUGCAACAACAGGCAACCUCAGCUUCAGCUUCAACCUCAGCAUCAGCUUUAGCUUGAGCUUCCCCUGGAGUGGAUCUUCAUUGUUAGCAAACGCGCACAUUCACAAAAUUCCCAGUGAAAACAUAGCCAUAAAUUAACAACUAAUUCAAUUAACUGCUGACAACGUCAACGACGAGGCAAGCAGCGAGGCAGCGAGGCAGCCAGGGGCGCAACGGGCAACGCUCUCCUAGCUGCCACUGCACUGUUGCAGGAUAUGCGACAAGUUGCUUAGAGGCAUCUCUGCCCCGUCCUCCACACCACACCACACUCCACCGCCUUCCACUCACAUAACGAGGCAACGCCACCUUCCGCAUUCCGCGCUUCAAUAUGGGCGAGCAGAGCAGCAACAGCAGCGGCGAUAGCAGCAGCAGCGGCUCUGCAGAUAGUGGACCCGAUUUCGGUGCUCUCCGCGAAGCCUGCGAGAAGUUGCUGUCGAACAGUAGCCAACAGCUGAAAGGCCCCCACUGUGCCGGAACCUUUGAUGGCUGGCUUUGUUGGCCCGACACAGAUCCCGGCGAAUCGGCCUUGAUGCCGUGCCCAGACUUCAUACCCGGCUUUGAUCCAACACGAUCUGCGCACAAAGAGUGUGACGCGGAUGGCGAAUGGUUCAAGCACCCGCUGACCAACAAAACCUGGUCGAAUUACACCACCUGCAUUAAUAUGGACGAUUUUGCCUGGAAUCACAAUGUAACCCUGAUCUAUGAAGUAGGCUAUGGCAUCUCCUUGCUGGCUAUCCUGCUUUCGCUGGCCAUUCUCGGGUACUUCAAAUCGCUAAAAUGCGCCCGCAUCACACUGCACAUGCAUCUGUUUAGCUCAUUUGCUGCCAACAAUUCGCUGUGGCUCAUUUGGUAUCUGGUGGUGAUAGCCAACGCCGAAAUGGUCCAAAGCAGUCCGGGCUAUUGCGUGGCACUUCACAUAAUACUGCACUAUUUUCUGCUGACCAACUACUCGUGGAUGCUGUGCGAGGGCUUCUAUCUGCAUACUGUGCUGGUGGCUGCUUUCAUUUCGGAGAAAAAGCUGGUCAAAUGGUUGAUUGCCUUCGGCUGGGGUUCGCCAGCUAUUGUCAUCUGCAUCUAUGGCCUGGCACGCGGCCUCACUGGCACCCACAUUCAAAACCAACACUGCUGGAUGGUUGACAACGACUUCAACUACAUAUUGAUGGUGCCCGUCUGCAUUUCGAUAUUCCUCAAUCUGUUGUUCCUGUGCAAUAUUGUGCGCGUCGUGCUGCUCAAGUUAAAUGCCCCAGCCAGCAUUCAAGGCAGCUGCGGCCCAUCCCGAACCGUCCUUCAGGCAUUUCGGGCGACGCUGUUGCUAGUGCCGCUGCUUGGACUCCAGUAUAUGCUAACACCGUUUCGCCCAGACCCCGGACAUUCCUGGGAGACUACAUACCAAGUCAUCUCGGCGUUUACGGCCUCAUUUCAAGGUUUGUGUGUGGCGACAUUGUUCUGCUUCUUCAACGGUGAGGUGAUUGCCCAAGUGAAGCGCAAGUGGCGGACACUCUGCUUUAGCAAUCGGCCACGAACCAACUCUUAUACAGCCACUCAGGUCUCGUUCGUACGAUGCGGUCCGCCAAUGCCUGGCGAGGAGAAGGUAUGACUAAAGGACUUGUCGUCAUCGGCCAAGCGGCGUGCCUCCUCAGCGCCUCAUCGGCAACACCAACAACAACAACAUCAGCAGCAACAGCAACACCAACAACAACAGCAGCAGGAGCAUCAGCGUGGACGUAGCCAAAGCAUGGCAAUGGCAGGUUCAGCGUCCACAUCGUCGCGUAUUAUCGAUGGAUGGCGCAAUAAAAUGCAUUUCCUGCGUCGCCAGACUAUCGAUAAUGCGCACCAACGACAGCCGCUCAUGGAGGAAACAGCUGGCAAUACAAUGCAACUGAAACUGGCAGCCAAUACUGAGGUGGAAGCGGAGACGGAGGCGGACACAGAAACGGAGGCCGCAGCCAAACCGACACUGAUGACGACAAUUGCGGAGGAUACCGCCGAAGCAGCAACAUCUGCAACUGCAACUACAGCAACAACACUAACAACAACGACGACGACUACUAUGAAUGAUGCAACUGACCAGCAACGAAAUGGCCGAAGCAUGGCAAUGGGCAUGGGAAUGGGAAUGAGUAUGGGAAUGGGCAGGGGUGUAGUCAUUGUCAGCAUGGAUGCCGAUGCGAAUGGAGGCCAACAGAACAUUGCAGAUGAGGCACUUUAAGCGUAACUGAGGCAGCAAAAUAGUCCCAUUCCUCGCAUUUUGAGGAAGUCACAAAAGCUUGUAACGAAAUCUCAUAAUCUAAGCAAAGCAAAAAACAAAAACGAAACAAUUUUAAGUACGAUUACUGAAUGGUAGUUACCCGCCCACUAGAUAAAUGUAAUAGAGAACCAAACAAACCAAAACACAAAAA